AUGCCAGUGGCUGUGGGGCCACACAGACAGUCCCAGCCAAGCUACUUCAACCACGUGAAGAUGGGCUUCAUGAUGGGCUAUGCAGUAGGCAUGGCAGCUGGGAUGCUCUUGGGUACUUUUUCUUGUCUCAGGAUUGGAAUGUGGGGUUGGGAGCUGAUGGAUGGCAUCAGGAAAACCAUGAUGCAGAGUGGUGGCAUCUUUAACAUAUUCGUGGCCAUCAGGAUGGGCAUCCAACACUAG